AAAAAAACAGAAUUCCUGUGCUUGCUGAUGGCUGCACUCUGGUUAAAAGUAAAGCAAACAUUUGCAAGCUGGAUCAGGAAUAAUUACACUUCCAUUUGCUAGACGCUAGAUAAACUAGCUUCCUGGCUCCUGUGAAUGCUGCAGGAGACAGCCACGGAGACACUUAAUCAGCCCAGUGCUAGCCAGGAACUGUGACUGGGAUGGCUAGCGGCAUUAGCCCCACAAGUUGGCUAGCUGGCGAGCCAUAUUAUGUUCUUAAUCGCAGGUGUGCUUAACAAGCUGGCGUUAGCUAAUUAGCAUGCUAUGUGGCUAAUGGCACAAUCACUGGCUGAAAAAUUAAUAGAAAGUUAGGCGAACUUUUGCAGGCUGGAUCAAAACAAUCAAACUUUAAAGUUGGUAGUUGCCUGUUAGACCGAAUGCCGUAUUUGGAAAUGCACAGAAAAUGUCUCGUGUGCAGCUGUUUUUUUCCUCCUGACAAAAAAAAAAUUCCUAACUCCAAAAGCCUGACCUCACAAAACAUUUCAACACGCCAAAACUUGAACUCCAUAACUUUAUAGACUGAGAGCUGUGAACAGCAACACAGUCGUGCAGUGAGAGAGGCUGUGUGUUUCACAAGCUGCUGUAAGUCUGCACUUUCUCCACACUCCCUGAUCUGCUCAGCCUGGUCUCAGUCCAACACCACACACCCUGUAGCUGUGGGAAGAACCAGAAUGUCAAUCCCACUCUCUCUGUCACGCAGUUUCAGAGAAAGAAAACGUAACUCUGUUUCUGUCACUGUGAGCAGUAAAAUGGCUGAAGGUGGAGUUUCACUGGAUCAGGAUCAGUUCAGCUGUCCAAUCUGUUUGGAUCUACUGAAGGAUCCGGUGGCUAUUCACUGUGGACACAGUUUCUGUAUGGGUUGUAUUCAGGGCUGCUGGGAUCAGGAUGAUCAUACUGGUGUCUACAGCUGUCCCCAUUGCAGAGAGACUUUCACCCCAAGGCCUGUUUUAAGAAAAAACACCAUGCUGGCUGAAGUGGUGGAGAAACUUAAGAAGACAGGACUCCAAGCUGCUCCUCCUGCUCACUGUUACGCUGGACCUGGAGAUGUAGAGUGUGAUUCCUGCACUGGGAGAAAGCGCAAAGCUGUCAAGUCCUGUCUGAUGUGUCUGGCCUCUUACUGUGACACUCACCUCAAACUUCACAAUGCACUCCACCCAGGAAAGAGACAUAAGCUGAUCGAUGCUUCUGAAAACCUGCAGGAGAAGAUCUGCUCUCACCAUGACAAACUGCUGGAGGUUUACUGCCAGACAGAUCAGCAGUGUAUCUGCUAUCUGUGUACGAUGGAUAAACACAAAGGGCAUAAAAAAGUUUCAGCUGCAGCAGCAAGGACUGAGAAACAGAAGCAGCUGGGUGUAACACAGAGUAAAUUCCAGCAGAGAAUCCAGGAGAGAGAGAAGAAGCUGCAGGAUCUGAGACAGGCUGUGCAGUCACUCAAGGCAGCACUGGAGGACAGCGAGAGGAUCUUUACUGAGCUGAUCCACUCCAUUGAGAGAAGGAGCUCUGAGGUGAAAGAGCUGAUCAGAAAUCAGGAGAAUGUUGCGGAGAGUCAGGCUGAAGGACUCCUGGAGCGACUGGAGCAGGAGAUUGCUGAGCUGAGGAGGAGAGACGCUGAGCUGGAGCAGUUUUCACACACAGAGGAUCACAUCCAGUUCCUCCAGAGCUUUCAGUCUUUCUGUGUACCUCCUGGACCUGGAGACAUACCCAGCAUCACUGUCAGUCCACACGACUCUUUUGAGACUCUGAAGAAAUCUUUCUCUGAACUGAAAGAGCAGCUGGAGGACAUCUUCAAGGUGGAACUGGUCAAAAUAUCUAAAUCAGUGAAAGAAGUCUAUACUGUAGAGCCCAGCACCAGAGAGGAUUUCUUACAGUAUUCCUGUCAGCUCACUCUGGACCCCAACACAGUGAAUAAACACCUCGAUCUGUCUGAGGGGAACAGACAGGUGACCCAUGUGGCACAGAUCCAGUCACAUCCUGGUCAUCCAGAGAGAUUUGAGUGCUUGCAGAAAAAUUCAUAUCCCCUGACAUGGGAUCGAAAUACUGGAUCAUACAUAGAAUCCUAUUCAUCUUCAGGUUAUAACAGCUAUCAAAUGAACGGGAAUGAGAAGAAGUUACAAAUGGAGAGAUUAAAAAUGUAUGCCCAAGUGCUGUGCAGUGAGGGUCUGUCUGGACGCUGUUACUGGGAGGCUGAGUGGAGCAGGACUGGGGAGGUUUCUAUAGCAGUGUCUUAUAAAGAGAUCAGCAGGAAAGGGCAGGGCGAUGAGGGUAUAAUGGGAAAUAAUGACAAGUCCUGGAGUUUGCGCUUCUCUCCCUCCAGAUACCAAUUCUGGCACAAUAAUGUGGGCACUGGAAUACGUGUUACCUCAUCCUCCACAAUAGGAGUAUACCUGGAUCACAGGGCAGGAACUCUGUCCUUCUACAGUGUCUCUGACACAAUGACCCUCCUGCACAGAGUCCACACCACAUUCACUCAGCCCCUCUAUCCUGGGUUUUGGGUUUGGGGAGUUGGAUCUUCAGUAAAACUGUGUGAUCUGGAAAGAGAGAAAGGGAAGAUCAGCUGUAAUUAGAAUGAGAGAAAAAAAAACACUACAGUGAGACAGAGAGGAGAAGUAAAUAAAAUAUAAGAUUAAAUUUUAGGUUCUGAUGAGGUGCUCAGUCAGUAAAGGCCCCCACCAUGAACACAACUUUACACCUCUACCUGCACUGGGGUCAGAGGGGCACAUUUUACACAGUUCUGAAAGAAGCAAAGGAGUGUGUGGAGGUCUCUUCUCCAUAGACUGUCCCAAAAUCACUGUGCAGGAUCCUAUCUUGGGAGGUGCAGUGAGUAGCACUGUCACCUGACAGCAAGAAGGUUCCGGGUUCAAAUCCAGCCUGUGCCCUUCUGUCUUUGAGUUUGCAGCAAAUGGUUUUUUUUUUGUUUUCUUCACUUUAUCUUUAUCUUUUUCUGCAACAUUUACACUUGAUUUUCAUGAUUUAUAAAAUGUGUACACGGUCUUAAACACGAGAUAAAGUAACGCUUACAGUACUGAUGCUUCUUGUCUGUAACCUGCAAGAGAGCCUCCUGAAUGGGAAGAUGUAAAUGCUGGCGUAGAAACUUAGAGGCUCAGAGAAACCCUCUUCACUUCAUGAGAACAGAGUGAACACUGAGCUCUAACCGUAUGAUACUCGUACUAUCAUAGUUAGUAUUUACAUUAAUCAAACUAUUAAUUCUUUUAUUUUCAGUUUCUCCAGUUUCCUCUUUUUUGAUUGUCUAUUUUCACCUGUACACAAAGCAGUGACAUAGCUUAUAUUACAAUCAUAGAAAUCAUGCCAUAUAUUCUUUCAGAUCAAUAGGGUCAGCAUCUGUGUGAUCAGUAGAGGUCAUUUGUAAGAAUCUUUUAUUUUUAGCUUAUGUUAUGGAAACACCAUAUUAUAGACCACCCAGACUAUUUUUAUUGAAAAAAACUGUGUAACAAUCCAUUGGGCACUGAUGAUUUUAUUUGUGGGUUUGUGGAUUCAAUAAAAUGUGCAAAUGCUUCAUUAAGAA